AUGUUCCUGUAUUUGGGUGGUAAAGGCCAAGAUCAAGUAAUUAAUUAUCAUUCCAGUAUUCCGGCAUAUGGCGGCUGGAAUUUCGGAGGAAAAGGUGGCAUUGAUUUCAAUGAGACUAAUGUCAUUCCUGAAAAUGGAGCUGGUGGCGGGGGUGCUUCUGAUCUUCGUUUAGAAUAUUAUGAUAUCAAUAUUAAUGAAUCAGAUGAAAACCUUCUAAAUAAGUCAAUUGAAAGCAGAAUUAUCGUUGCUGGUUCAGGAGGUGGAGCUUGCUCAGGAAAUCAAUAUGAUUGGGGAUCUCCAAAUGGAUUUCCAGGAGGAAACACAAGUGCGAUUUCCAAUGGACCUUUCACAUUCGGAGGAAAUCAAACUGUUGGCACUUUAGGAAAAGGAAAAGAAGGGAGAUCUUCAUUUAAAAAUAAACAAGGAGGAUCUGGUGGAAACGGUAGUGGCUAUAGAGGAGGAUAUCAAUUGCUACCCGUGACAACAAACCGUGGAUUUUAUCAAGUAGGAGGAUCUGGCGGAAGCUCAUAUGUAAGUGGUCAUUUAGAAUGCAUCAGUCCGAGUCAUGCAGAUGAUAAAGAAUCUAAUAAAAUCAACUCCAUUCAUGAGUCAGGUCUUUAUUUUACAAAUACUGAGAUCAUUAGUGGCAAUGAUCUCAUGCCUAAUCCAUAUGAUGACAGUUACAUAAGAGGUCAUGUUGGUAACGGAGUUUGUCGUAUUACUGUUCUUUUUUAUGCGAUAUGUGACACAUGUAAUUAUAGACAAAACUUGCAUAUUUCUUUAUUUCUUUUUAUAUGUUUGAUUGAAAUAAAUUUGACAUGA